AGCGCACCUCCUUAUUUUUCAGAGCAAUAUAAAUAAGCCUUUCAGCUCUUUAAAAUCAUCAAGCAAAGGCAUUCGCAAUGGAAGGAGCAAACAUUUCCAAUCCAGCGGAAAAGAGGUGUGCAGUUGUUACAGGGGCUAAUAAGGGAAUCGGAUUGGAGAUCAGUCGCCAGCUGGCAUCCAACGGUGUUACCGUCAUAUUAACGGCUAGAGAUGAGAAGAGAGGCUUGGAAGCUGUCGCAAACAUCAAAGAAUCUGGGCCGUCUGAUGUUGUUUUUCACCAGUUAGAUGUGAAGGAUUCUGUUAGCAUUGCUUCAUUAGCUAAUUUCGUCAAAACCCAAUUUGGGAAACUUGAUAUCUUGGUGAACAAUGCUGGCAUCCAUGGACUUGUAAUAGACUCUGAUGGUGUAACGGCUUUACAACUCCUAGGUGGUGAGAUGGAUGAAGAGAAAAUGAAGAUAGCGAGGGGAUUGUGGCAGGAGACAUAUGAAAUGGCAGAAGAGUGUCUGAAAACCAAUUACUAUGGCAGCAAAUCAGUAACUGAAGCUCUUUUCCCACUCCUUCACUUAUCCAAAUCACCCAGGAUUGUUAAUGUUUCAUCCAGGCGGGGUAAGCUGGAGCUCAUCCCCAAUGAAAAGUUUAAAGAAGAAGUGAACCAUGUUGAUGGCCUAACCGAGGAGAGAUUAGAUGAAUGGCUACAAUCAUAUCUGAAGGAUUUCAAAGAGGAACGGUUGGAUAAACAUGGAUGGCCCACCACAACAUCAGCAUAUAUGAUCUCAAAAGCUGCUCUCAAUGCCUAUACAAGGAUUCUAGCCAAGAAAUUUCCCACCUUCUGCAUAAACAGUGUGCAUCCUGGUGCCGUGAAAACAGAUAUGAACCACCUUUGGUGGACGGAGACCGUUGAAGAAGGCGCUCAUGGGCCUGUGAUGUUGGCGUUGCUGCCCGAUGGUGGGCCAUCUGGCCACUUCUUUGAUCAGAUGAAGAUGUCAACAUACUGAUAGGAAAUCGUUGGAAAUUUUCAAGGGCUGUGAUUGCUUCUCUCCUUUGUUUAUCUUGAGCGCUUGUGCAUGUUAUAAUUCGAAAACAUGAAUUUGAAAUAAAUAAAUAAA